AUUCUCUGACCCUCCUUAGAUAGUAUGCUGACCAACACAGGGCUCCUAGAAGCAAACAUGGUCAAGGUCUUCUCUGUAGACUGGCUCGCACAGAGCAAUCACAACACCAACCCGAAAGAAGGACCUGUGGAUACUAUACCAACCUACUUCAGACCCCAUGUUCCUUGUAUGGUCCAGCCUCAACCGCCAACAUUUUAUAACAAGGUCUACCUCCAACCAAAACCAAAGACCACGAGGGUUGAACUCACGGAUUCCACUGAAGAACCCCAAAAUCUAGAAUCCAGGUUGAGCUCACCUCUGCAUCCGAUAACAUGCUCUUCCCCAAGUCUUUCAGAAAAAAGCGGGUACACCUCGGGGUAUGACAGUGAGGCUGCCUCCUCGGAAUGUCCCUCUGUGGAAGAGGCGAGCGAGGGAGAGAGAGACGGGGGCCAACGACGUGUGCGUACUAGGUUCACACCGGAGCAGAUAGAAAAGCUGGAGAAGAUUUUCACCAAGCACAAAUAUCCAGAUGCUGGAGAAAGAGUCAAAACGGCACUGAAGUUGAACCUCUCMGAAACUCAGGUAAGAAAAUAA